AGCUGCAUUUCCGGUCGUUGCAAGCGAAAACGGUUAAUGCAAGUGCACAAGGUUGACUUUUCCUGUGUGUCUUGUAAGGUUUCCAUUAAUAUUUUACCCAGGCAUGAUAGUGUCAUCGUUUCAGCGGAAAAGCCCUAUCGUGUGAUACAGUCUGCGUUUUCUUAUUGUGAUGCAUUUGGACUGGACUAUAUAUUGUGCCGAACCCAUUCAGCAGGAUGUUUUCCUCAUAUUUGACUAAUAUGUAUUGAUAUGAUUAUUGUCGGCAUUGGAAGUCAUGUUCAUCUGGAUAUUCUAUGAGGAACCAUAUAUGGAUCAAAUUAAUCUGAUUAGUUCUAUUAUGUUGUGCGGAAGCCCCUAGAUCACGUCCAGCGCUGACGUGUUCCUAGCAUUGUGCUGAUAUUGCUGGAUACAACUUGGUUUGGUGCCGGAUAAAAGCAUCCAUCCGGUGAGCGGAAUCGUUCGUGGGACGUGUGCGUCGAACGUGGGCAUACGAUGCAAUGUCGACACUUUUAAGGAUGAAUAAUUCUUCACCCAUUAUUUUGUCUUCUUGUGGAUGGCCUCUGGAAGUCAUCCCAAAGACAAAUACUGGACGGCAUGUUAUUCGCUAUUUGGAUUUAUACACGUAUCCCAUUUUGUUAAUGGCAGCAACGAUCGGAAACUUGAUGAACAUGAUCAUUCUCAAGCGGGAACGGCCUAAUGGAACAAAGAAUGUAUAUUUGAUAACAAUCGCUGCAUCGGAUAUGAUCUUCAUGUGGAGUGGGCUGUUUUCCUAUAUUUCAAAUUUUGAUGGCGAAAUUCACGGACAUCCGCGACCGGAAAUACAAACCAUGCUCGGACGAGUGCGCGGAGUUGGCUAUUUCUUUCAGGAGUCGGCGGCAAUUGUUUCAUCCUGGCUGAUAAUUGCUUUCAGUGCGGAACGAUUCUUGGCGAUAAAAUAUCCAUUGCAGCAUAAGGUUAAUGAUCAUCUUCGCCAGUGCCGCAUCAGCAUAUCCGGUACAAUAAUGGCCGCCAUUUUGUUAGCCACCCACCGUUUAGUGGAUUACUAUUGGUUUUAUAUCAACUACCGCGGUACCGGCUCAGCGCCGAAUCGGCCAGAUUUCCUCUCGUACUGGAACAAAGUGUACACCUGGGGCAUUGCGUUACUCCAGAUGAUUACUUUCCUCAUUAUUCUGAUCCUCAAUGCCAUGUUGUUGCGUGAAAUCUUGAAGAUGCGACGAUUUCAACAGAAAGAACUGUUAGCAUACGCUGACCGUAGUGAAAUUCCCACGAGACCGGAAAACAAUGCGCUAAUUUUACUUGGUGGAGUUGUUAUACUCUUUCUCAUCACACAAAUGCCCGUGUUUGCCUAUAACAUUAUCCAUUUGCUGGAAAAAUCCUGCGUCCGACCAGUGCCGGUUUCCGUGAAACGCCUAGCAGCUCCUGUGCUCAAUUUUCUCCUUAAUGUGAAUUAUUCAUGCAAUUUCCUUGUCUACUGCAGUGUGGACCGGAGAUUUCGUCAAAGUGUUUACUACAUUUGCCGUAUGCAGCAGCGUAACGGCAUGAAGACCGGCCAGCCGCUCGAUCCCGAUGGAUCACGUCGACAUUCCCGCUUGUCGGAUAAGUCAACAGCGCCGUUAUUCUUAACGCCGCGCGCCGACAUCUAUGGAGCUUUUGAGCACGAGCCGGAUGAGGCGUAACCGUACACUGGAACGGCAUUGUCGCCGCGGAGAGUAGAUACAUGUACGCACAUACCAGGCGCCGACGCAAUCCCAGCAAUCAAAUUGUAAAUUUUAUAGCCAUCGGAUUGACUUAUAAAUAUGCCGAGGGUAAUUCCGGCUAAUCUCAAGGAUCAUGUCGUCAGAAUCUACUGCAUCGCAGCUAGUCCAUAAGUCCCGAUCUUGUGAUCACUGCUCUUUUAUUGACCUUUCAUACCUUUCUGAUUUCUAUGCGCGUACCGUAAUAAAAAUGCUUCUAAUUAUCCUGCCGCAUGAUUUAACCCACUUUCUAGUUUUUUCUCUGCACCUAGAACAAAAUCUGAUGUGAGAAUAUCUUAUAUGUUCAAUAAAAAUACGAAUAGAA